AUGCGCACGGCACUUUGGUUUAUUGUAGCCAUUGUCGCGGCUCAUUUGAAUGUGGCUCGCAGCAGGCACCAGCUAUUGAAAGAAAGAAGUUCUUUGGAUUCCUCCGAAAACACCCAGCAAGACCAAUUGGGGUUUGCUUUUGGUUCUCCUCGGAAGUCAAUCGUUAGUGCCUUCAGCUUCGACACGGCUCUUUUAGGAAUUCCAUUUCACAUGCAGACAACGAACAAUGAAACCGUCCUUAGACCCAAAGACAUACCAACCGAUACUAUGUACGUUAAUAUCGACGGUUCACAGUUUGGAAACGAAACGGCAUGGCUCAAUGGAUUCGAGCUACUGAACUAUACCCUCCAAACAUAUGGGAAUUUCUCUUAUUAUGUGGAUGUCGGUCUUUGCCUUGUUGGUACGCAAUUGGUGUAUGAUGACAGACCAUCGUCAAAUGUCAUGAGUAUGUCUGUUUUAGAUUCAUUGCUUGCAUCCGGGGACAUUGUAACUAGAUCCUUUUCUGUUACUGUGGAUAGCGAUUUCGAUGUCCUUUUUGGCGAAAUUGACCAUGGCAAGUACGAUGGACCUUUGGUGAAGUUCAAACACUACUAUGAUGAAUCUCAGGAUGAUCAUUUCACUGUACAUCCAACAUUGCUCAUGGAUGGAAUGGCAGGCACAAACUUCCUGGUUUACAAUCCAGUUCAAGUAGAGAUUUCCGGGUUCUGGUCUCUUCCAGAUGAGUACUAUUUCACUUUGUUUGACCACAUCAAACUGAAUUAUGGCAUGGAUGAUGACGGCUACAUGCCCUGUCUGAUAUUGAAUCUGACAGAGUAUGUUUCCUUCUACUUCAGUGGAGAAGAGUUUCAGUUUCCAGUGACCUCUUUCGUGUACUUCACGUAUGAUAAUAUGCUGUUGUAUUCGUAUGUUGACGCCGACUAUUACUAUAACGAAUCUGCGACUUGCAGAUUAGAUCUUGGCCAAGAGGACGAAUAUGUCGGAGUCCCUUUGUAUUUGUUCCAAGACCGGUACCUUGUUGUGGAUUACGACAAUGAGGAGAUUGGUAUUGCUCGCACUGCUACCAAAUCCAAACCACAAACUAUCGAGACAAUCUCAACUGGAAUUCCUCGGGCCACUCCAGCAAAGUACUUUUCAGUAGUGGUCACUACAACUACAGAUAGCUACGGAGUGGAAGACUAUUCCACAUCAUUUCACCCAACUUACUCGAUGAACACAGGCAGUCAUUUCGGUUUCAACAGCACAGAGUCUUCGUAUGCAACUGAAACAGACUCUUCAACUCUUUCGAAGUCUGCCCCAUCUACAACUGGAGGAAGUACAAAUCACAGCACAAAAAUAGGCAGCAGCUCUUCUUCUAAGGCUGCAGGAAACACCCAAACCGUCGGUGGUGUUUUUGCUUUCAUUACAUGCUUUCUUGGUGCGUUAAUGAUGCUUUAA